CGGUGUGAUGGCGGUGCGGUGGAGCUUUAGGUGACGUGUGGAGACAGAAAACUGACAAGGAACUCAGACCAUUGAGUACGUGUCACUUGAAAAAACCUGAAGAAUCUGGUUUAUCGGGUCAGCCGACAGCAGAAAAUGAAAAGUAGUGUGGCACACAUGAAAUCCUCUGGUCACGACAGAAGGGAGAGCCACAAUUCAUACCACCGGAGGAGCUCCUCCCCAGAAGACAGAUAUACAGAACAAGACCGGUCCCCCUGGGAUAGAGACUAUUCUGAUUACAGCCAGUCAGACUAUGAGCGAUCCAGAAGAGGAUACUCUUACGAUGACAGCAUGGAAUCACGAAGCAGGGACCAAGAGAAACGCAGAGAGAGAGAAAGAGACGCAGACCAUCGGAAACGGUCCCGGAAAUCCCCGUCUCCAGAAAGGAGGAGCCCAGACCGAGGAGUGAGCCAGAGUUCUACUCAGGAAGAACCGACAUCGAAGAAGAAGAAGAAGGAUGAGCAGGACCCGCUGCUCACCCGCACCGGGGGAGCGUAUAUUCCUCCUGCAAAGCUCAGGAUGAAGCAGGAGCAGAUUACGGAUAAAAACAGCUUAGCAUACCAGAGGAUGAGCUGGGAGGCUCUGAAGAAAUCCAUCAAUGGUCUCAUCAACAAGGUCAACAUCUCGAAUAUAAGCAUCAUUAUUCAAGAGCUCCUUCAAGAGAACAUCGUCAGAGGGAGAGGACUGCUGUCCAGAUCUGUUCUGCAAGCACAGAGCGCUUCUCCCAUCUUCACUCACCUUUAUGCAGCUUUGGUGGCGAUAAUCAACUCAAAGUUCCCACAGAUUGGAGAACUGAUCCUCAAGAGACUAAUUAUUAAUUUUCGGAAAGGAUACCGAAGGAACGAUAAGCAACUUUGCCUGACUGCUUCAAAAUUUGUGGCACAUCUUAUUAAUCAAAAUGUGGCCCAUGAGGUUCUGUGCCUGGAGAUGCUCACUUUGCUGCUAGAGAGACCAACAGAUGACAGUGUUGAAGUAGCUAUCGGCUUCCUCAAGGAGUGUGGUCUCAAAUUAACCCAGGUGUCACCAAGGGGAAUCAAUGCAAUCUUUGAACGCCUGCGAAACAUUGUGCAUGAGUUCGAGAUUGACAAAAGAGUCCAGUACAUGAUUGAAGUGAUGUUUGCUGUACGGAAGGAUGGAUUCAAGGACCACCCUGUUAUUCUGGAAGGACUUGACUUAGUGGAAGAGGAUGAUCAGUUUACUCCAAACUUCCAGAAUAGUAUAUGA